CACACUGUUUAUGAUUUUGUUAAUGAAAAUGGCGUGUAUUUUUAGGGGGUUCUUAAAAUUAUGAUAUUUUGAUUAUUCUGCGAUGAAAGAUUUUGAUAUGACCAUUAUCCAUGUGAUAGAAAUAGCAUAUAUCAUACGAGAGGUCUUUAUUGACCUUUAACCUGUGUAUAACUUUGCUGUUGAAUCUUGGGAACAUGGCGGACAAGAAAGGCGACUCUGGUAGUGAAUCGGACAGCACUGAUGAACCAGUCGUAGGAAAUGUAAAUAAAUUUGCAGUAGUUCCACCUGGCUACUCAGGAAGACCAAAGAAAGGGCAUUUGAUUUUUGAUGCAUGUUUUGAAUGUGGUAACCUCGGACGAGUGGACUACAUUACGGAGUACGAAUAUGACCUUUUUAUCAGACCAGAUACAUGCAAUCCAAGAUUUCGAGUUUGGUUCAACUUUACAGUGGAGAAUGUUAAACAAGACCAGAGAGUCAUAUUCAAUAUUGUCAACUUUAGUAAGACAAAAUCUUUAUAUAGAGAUGGAAUGUCACCUUUAGUGAAAUCUACCAGCAGACAGAAAUGGGCAAGGAUACCUGCAAAACAUGUGUAUUACUACAGAUGUCCAGACCACAGGAAGAAUUACGUCAUGUCCUUUUCCUUUUGCUUUGACCGGGAGGAUGAUGUUUACCAGUUCGCGUACUGCUACCCCUACUCCUAUACUCGUCUCCAGAAUUACCUGGACAAUCUGGAGAAGAAGGGCAUGGACUUCUUUCACAGAGAACUGCUGUGCCUAACAGUGCAACAGAGGCGACUUGAUCUAAUAACCAUUACACAUCCAGACAACCUGGAUCCAGAUGAGAACAAUCGUAUUGUAUUUAUUACUGCUCGUGUUCAUCCCGGCGAAACACCGGCAUCAUACUGCUGUCAAGGUUUCAUAGAUUUUUUAAUUAGCAAUCAUCCAAUAGCUAAAAUCCUUCGAGAACACAUAGUAUUCAAAAUUGUACCGAUGCUGAAUCCUGAUGGAGUAUACUUGGGCAAUUACAGAUGUUCAUUAAUGGGUUUUGACCUGAAUCGCCAUUGGAGUGAACCUUCCCCUUGGGCCCACCCAACAUUAUACGCCACCAAGAACCUCCUCAUGGAACUGGAUCGCAGUGAUAAACACACAACUGACUUCUACAUAGACCUGCAUGCCCACUCCACCCUGAUGAACGGCUUUAUGUAUGGGAACACGUACGAGGACGUCGAGCGGGUGGAGAGACAUUCUGUGUUUCCCCGACUACUGUGUACCAACGCUGAGGACUUCUCUCUGGCCAACACCAACUACAACAGAGAUGCCGUAAAGGCAGGGACCGGCCGAAGGACACUUGGAAGCUGUUUGGAUGAGAACUCCCAUUGUUACACACUAGAGGUGUCCUUCUUCAGUUACCAGACCAACUCCGCUAGUCAGGCUCUCCCCUACACAGAGGAGGGAUAUAUGAAACUUGGCAGAAAUCUAGCAAGAACUUUUUUGGAUUACUACAAGUUGAUGAAUGUGAUAAGUGCUAAGCCAAGCAGCAGUAUUGUCCCCAAGCCUGGCCGAUUUAGUCUCCGUGACAGGCAGGCCGAGCGGUCCAACACUGACCCUCCCAAUGAAGGUGGAAGCUAUAGGUUCCCUAGGUUUAAACCAGCAACUUUCUCAUAUUCAAAACACUGACAGAUUUGAGGAUCGCAGCAUUCGACGAUCUUACCAGCGUGACUUCAGCAUCAACAGCAGCAAUGCAUUCUCAGAAUCCUCAUCCUCCAUCAGGCUCCAGAUGAGAGAAAACCGACGCUACUGAGAGACCACAAUUAGUCGAACUUUGUGAUGAACAAUGGAAUGUUUUUGUCAUUUUUCAUAGAUGCAAAUUAACAUUGUAUAAUUGGCUGCUUUUCAAAGAAUAUCACGAAUUGCAAUUAUCAUUAGAAAUGAUUGGCAUCAAAUUCGAAGAAAACAGACAAUGAAUGACAUUACAUUUUAUGAAAAUGUUGCACAUAUGUUUAGAGAGAAGCAAUCAUUUGGUUGUAUAGUUUAUAUUUUCAUGAUACAUUUUUACUCAUGUGAUGCUAUUUUCAUAUUGAGAAGAGUCAGUUGACUGUGAUAAUAUUUUUAUGUCAUAAUUUAUGGCAUUCUUAGGAAUGGCAGUGUCUAUUUAUUAUAAGGCCACCUCAUAGAUUUGUUUGAUAUUGAAAUGGUUUUUUUUUUUUAUCAUUUGUUGAUUUUGACAUCCAGCAAAUCCAUUUUAAAAGUGUGCCAACAAAAUGUUCUGGCAUGUCUGUGCACAAGUAUACUAACCUAUGUAUCUACAUGUACAUAUUCAACAAGUGUAGGCAGGCCAGUAAUCCAGCAUAUUUACAUGCAUCUGUCAUUAUUCAGUUUGAACUGUAUCAAGAAAUGCUUUUCAGUGAAAACUGCUAACUGAGUAUGGACUUGAUUUUGAAGAUUGCUCAGUUUUUCAAGUGAUUAUUUAUAAAAUUAAUUGUUUAACAUAGAUCAAUUAGUUGUGUUCUGCAGUGGUUAAAAAUUGCUGUAAGCCUCUGUUGCAAAUACAUGUAUAAUUGUUUGCAUUGAAUUUAAUUAAUAUCCAAUCUUCUAAUUUUAGGGAGUUAUCUCCCUUAGUAAGCUCUUAUUUAGCCAAAUAGAUAAACAGUAAAUGUGAGUGCAGGACCUGUAAUUGUUAAAUGAUAUGGUGGUAUGUUUUAUUUGAUUUUGGAUAUAAUACACUGUACAAUAAAUUACAAUGGAAGAGGAGACAAAAACUUACUUCCUCAGCAAACAGUAAAGACCGACAUAUAUAGAGCAAGGAAAUUUUUUAAAACAUGAAGUCCCUAUACAGGUAAAUAUAUUGUAUUGUUUUGGCACACUAUGCACACUACAUGUUGUAUUGCUGGAACUUUAGAUUGAACUGUCAGUAAACCAAAAUAUGUCUUAAGACUUUUAUCAUUACUGUAACCAAGCCUUAUUUUUGCUGUAAACGAGGUACAUGUAUUACAUAUGCUGGCAAUAGGCUUAUGAAAGAUACACAAACAAUAUCUGCUCUUAGACAUUUUAUUGCUGCGGACUAUAUUGUUUUUUGUCUGUUUUUUUCUCACUUCUACAAGUUAAAUAACUAUUGUAUUUGAACACAAAUUCUAAUAGUCACACACAGUUCUUAACUGCCUUUUUCUAAAUAAAAAAGAUGCAUUUAUUACAUGCAAUACUUUUUUUAACAGUGACUGCAUGUAGUUGAGUAGCCUUUUAUUCAUUCAAGUUCAUUACCAUAUUAAAGGCCAUAAAAUUAAGAAAACUUUAAAUCUCGGUCUCACUUUUCCACCAUUGGUACACGUAUAUUUUCCUUUAGUUAAAUUAAUACCUGGACCAAAAUUGAGUCCAAUAGCUGACUGCUUACUUGUGAUUUUCUUGGAUUUCUGAACUGCAGUGUUAUUUUCUUAGAGUCUGUGUGCACAACAUGUCAGAAUUUUAUUAUUUUAUUGAGUCACAAUAUCCAACCUAUAUAUAUUUUAUCCAGUUGUGGAUAUAUUUAUACAAGUGUAUUCAUAUAACCUGUUGAUUUUUUGUCAUGGUUUAUUGACUAUGGAUUUUUCACCAAUAAAUACUUUAUAUAGUUACA